UCACUGCUUCUUAUCUCCCUAUAAAGGAGGUGAGGACCUGUUGCGCUCCAGUCGCCCAGCUGAGAGCGAGCCCCACAUCCCUGAACACCGCGUUCAUCUCUGCGCAGAUGGAUUUCAAAGAGUUUGGAGGAGAGUCCUCUGAGGGGGACACGGAGGACCUGGACAGCGUGAAAGCACUCACAGAGAAGCUGAAGCUGCAGACUCGCAGACCGUCCUAUCUGGAGUGGCAGGAGCGCGUGCAGAGCCGGCCGUGGAGGGAGACUUGCCCUGCAGACAGCCCGGGAUCUGGAGGACAGGUCGUGUCCAUGCCUGCUCUUCUGAGAAAUGAGAACUCGGAGGUGUCUGUGCGCAACAUCUGCGGGUUUGAUACUAUUGAUGAUGCUUUGGAGUUUCUGAGGAAAGAGCUGAGGGAGAUGCAGGUUCAGGACAACCGUCUGGCCCGUCAGCUGAUCCAUCUGCGUGGGGAAAUCCACAGGCUGAAAGUGGAGCAGGUGUGCGACCGCCACAAGGAGAUGCUGGACGAUGCGACAUACGAGCUGGAGGAGUGUGGCGAGGAGUCAGACCUGCUGUGCGACAUCCCCAUGAAGGCGGCCUUCGCUCUGUCCACGCCACUCAAACACCUGGGCCUCACUAAGAUGAAUAUCAACUCCAGACGUUUCUCACUGUGUUAAAGCCCGUGUUCAUGUUACUGAGGAUGUUCCCAUGGCCUUGUCUGUGUUUGUGUUGGCUUGGUAGUCUUACUUCCUCCUUGGGAGCUGUUGAUAGAGUGAAGGGUGGAUGCCAGCUAUUGGUGCCCAGGAAAAUGACUGUGCACCUUUGCUUGACAUGCAUGAGGAAGCCUCAGUGUGCAGACCUGUAGGGGCACACACCCUUAACACAGACACACCUUCCUGCUGGACGCAGCCCGGCCUGCUCUGCUGUUGACUCAGUCAUGUUACUGUAACUAGAGCAGAUAGAUGAAGGCUUAGAGAUAGACUGAAAUGUAAAACGGGCAUUAUGUUCAAUAUCUUAUAUUCAAUUAUGUUUUUAACACAGAUUCACUUGUGCCAAAGAAGCGCCAAACAGUUGACUGAAAUAAAAAAGUGAGACGGUGGUAUAUCUCGUCAGAUAAAGGAAAUAAUUACCAACACUAAUACCCUUUAAUACAGCAACAUAUUCCAGUUGUUGGAGCUUUCAUCAGGAUACCGUCCCGUCUAUAUGUUCAAAGAAAGUGGGAGGUCACCCUCCAGCAUUUUUCCUCCUGUUCUUCACAAACCAAAUAUAUCUUCAUAACCUCACCGCUGCAGUGACAGGACCCAGGGGGCUGUGCCUAAAGCAUUUUGUUUUCCAUUACCAUAUCCAGACGCUGCAGAGCACAGAUUGGAAACUAUAUAUGGCUGGACAGUGACCAAUUGUAACUUUAAUGGGUUUAUUAUAUAGCUUAUUAUUAUUAGUAACAGCUGAGAUAUUUUUGUUAAGUGAUAUUUGGCAUUGAUUCUGUUAAAUAUAAAAAAAAUAUAUUAUAACUAUGCUCCUGUAAUAUGAAUGUACCUGUUUGACUAACGAUUAUGAAAUAAAAAUGCCUUAAAUGUUUUUUUCUUCCAAAUUCAACACAGUGUUAAAGAGACUUUACCUUAUCUAUGUCGCUUGUAAAUUGUGUUUUUCAGCAUUUAAAAUAUGAAUUUUAAUGUGGUUGGAACAUGUGCUUUGGACUGCUUCUGUGCAUGUGUCUUUGCACAAUCUACUAUUAAUCUUAUCUUGGUCAUGUCACCACGUGCUCACAUCACAUCCAUCCUCAGUCUUAAAGCCAUCUUGCACAAUAGUCUCUUCUUUCCUGCCACGAGACAUUCACGACCCGGUGUAAUAUCCAAGCAUAAGAAUGGGGCCCCAGAGGGAUGUGCAGAACCACAGACAUUGUUGGACAUAAUUAGUUGAACAAGAAACCAAAUAUGCCUUGGCAGAGUGCGGCCACUGUGUGAAACGAGAGCAUAGCAUAGGGCUGCUGACAUGAUCCUAAUGUGGCAUACUUCAGGACACGGAUGACCUCAUAUAUGACGCUAGACCUGAACAUUGGAAAUGAAUAUCAUAUGGAAAAUGCACAGAGGUAUUGUACCUUGAGGCCUCAUUCUCCAGUGAAUGCUUUUAUAAUAAAGCUCUGAAGACUUGUGUUUCUCAUGCCA